AGAGAGAGAGAGCUUUAUAUAGAAGAGACUUUGCGUCUAACCUUUACUUGCACAAGGUGAAGGGUGAGGGGUCAAUGAAAAUACAAAGCCAAACAAAGCCCAUGGCCAAAUACAAAAGCUAAAAAGCUUAAAAGCUUAAAGAAAGUUGAUUGCAGAAAGCAAGAGCUUUUCUUUCUCUCUUUCUUUGUCUUAAAAGCUUUGUUUCUCUCUCUCUAUCUCUCUCUACCCAUUUCCUUCUUUCAGUAAAGCUGAAAACCCCACUACACCAAAAACUUCACCACCUGUACAGGGUAAAGAUUGAUUUCUUUCACUUCAUCAAUAACAACAUAUAAUCCUCCAAAUCCCCACAAUCCAUCUAUGCUGGAUAACACUACUUCAAGCCUUCCAUCUCCUUCUUCUGAUCCCUUCCCCGCCUUCGAUAAUGGAGUCGCCAACAAAAGGAAAAGAAAACCUGCAGGAACACCAGAUCCAGAUGCAGAGGUUGUUUCUCUAUCUCCCAGGACCUUGCUGGAAUCAGACAGAUAUGUUUGUGAGAUCUGCAACCAAGGAUUUCAAAGGGACCAGAACCUACAAAUGCAUAGGAGAAGACACAAAGUGCCAUGGAAGUUGUUGAAGAGGGAGACACAAGAGGUGAAGAAGAGAGUUUAUGUAUGCCCAGAACCAAGCUGCUUGCACCAUGACCCUUGCCACGCUUUAGGCGAUCUUGUUGGGAUAAAGAAACACUUUAGAAGGAAACACAGCAAUCACAAGCAGUGGGUUUGUGAGAAAUGUUCUAAAGGUUAUGCUGUCCAAUCUGAUUACAAAGCUCACCUUAAGACUUGUGGCACAAGGGGUCACUCUUGCGACUGUGGCCGUGUCUUUUCCAGAGUGGAGAGUUUCAUCGAACACCAAGACGCUUGCACAGUAAGACGACCUCAGCCUGAGCUACAGGCGUUGCAGCCGGCCUGCUCUUCUAGGACUGCUUCUAGCACAAGCCCUUCAAGUGAUGGCAAUUUUAACAUCGCCCCAUUACCAGGACUGCCGCCAAAACCAGCUGAACCUGUUUUCUUAUACUCAGCAUCUGAUAGAAAUGAUGCUUCUACUUCUAGUCGGCAAGAACACAAUCUUGAACUUCAACUCCUACCAUCAUCCAUCACUCGCUUAUCACAAAAUGCUGAUGACCCUACAAAUUUGAAGCUUUCAAUAGGGUCAAGUGGCCGGAGCGAAAAGAAUGAAUCAAACCAGCUUAGUUUGGAAGCAAGUAGAGAGAAAAGUGGCGGUGAUCCUACACUGGAAGUUGCAAAACUGAAAGAAUUUGCAAAUGAGCAGAUGAAGUUAGCUAUGGCUGAAAAGUCCUACGCUGAGGAGGCUAGACAACAAGCAAAAAGACAACUCGAGAUGGCUGAACUGGAAUUCGCAAAUGCAAAGAGAAUAAGACAACAAGCUCAAGCUGAACUUGAAAAGGCUCAAGUUUUAAGAGAACAAGCCACAAAGAAAAUCAGUUCUACGAUAAUGCAAAUCACUUGCCAAGCUUGCAAGCAACAAUUUCAAGCACCAGCAGUGGCUGCACAGGCAGAUGAGACCUCCCUUGCCAUGAGUUACAUGUCCUCGGCAACAACUGAAGGGGAAGGAGAGUGAUCAUAUAAUAAAAUCCAAGUUCAUUUUGUCGUCAUCAUGCAGCUGGGUUAAAGCUUAAACACAUAUCGGGAGCCUUAUAUUUAAGCAAAACCUUUAAGCUUUUGAUUUGGUUUUGGUUGUUGAUUUAGAUUUGCUCUGCCCAUAUCAACUAGGUGUUUUGAACCAUUGUUGUGGUGUUAUUAAUCAAUUUGGAGUGGUGCAAAGGUUCUUGUACUGAUUUAAAGGAAUAUAUAUCUAUUUAUAUAAUAAUAAUAUUUAUAUAUAUUCUCAUUUGUUUCAAA